GACACACUGUAUAUACCAUAACCUAAACAACAACUUCUUUCUUACACACCAAAUAUCCUUUUAUUAAUUCUUCCUUUUAUUACUCUGCAAGCUAAUUAGCUACUACUACUCCUAUUAAGAUGGUGACAGUUAAUGAUAUCCGCCAAGCACAAAGAGCUGAAGGCACUGCCACUGUGUUAGCAAUCGGCACUGCAACUCCUCAAAAUUGUGUGGAUCAGACUACAUAUCCGGAUUUCUACUUCCGUAUCACAAACAAUGAACACAACAUAGAGCUCAAAGAAAAAUUCAAGCGCAUAUGUGAAAAAUCUAUGAUUAAGAAGAGAUACCUGCAUUUAACAGAAGAUAUUUUGAAGAAAAAUCCAAGUUUCUGUGAAUAUAUGGCACCUUCAUUGGAUGCCAAACAGGAGAUCCUAGUUUUGGAAAUACCAAAGCUAGGAAAAGAGGCUGCAACAAAGGCAAUCAAGGAAUGGGGUCAACCUAAAUCCAAGAUUACUCAUCUCAUCUUUUGCACUUCAAGUGGUGUGGAUAUGCCUGGUGCUGACUAUCAACUCACAAAGCUUUUAGGCCUAAGCCCAGAUGUAAAGCGUUAUAUGAUAUACCAACAAGGCUGUUUUGCUGGUGCAAUGGGACUUAGUUUAGCUAAAGAUUUGACUGAGAACAACAAAGAUUCUCGUGCGUUGUUGGUUUGUUCGGAGAUGAGAAUAUUAACUUUCUCUGGACCUAGUGAUGCUAAUGUUGAAGGUCUUGUGGGACAGGCAUUGUUUGGAGAUGGUGCGGCAGCUGUGAUUAUUGGUUCUGAUCCAUUGCCAGAAGUUGAGAAGCCUUUGUUUGAAUUGGCAUGGACUGCACAAACCAUCCUUCCAGAUAGCGGAGGAUCUAUUAAAGGUGAGAUUCGUGAAGUAGGAAUGAUAUUACAUCUCCUCAAGGAUGUUCCUGACCAUAUUUCAAAACACAUUGAAAAAGCUCUUGUUAAGGCCUUUCAACCUUUGAAUAUCUCGGAUUACAAUUCCAUUUUUUGGAUUGCACACCCAGGUGGACGCGCCAUUCUUGACCGAGUUGAAGCAAAAUUAGGCUUAAAGCCAGAGAAAAUGCAAACCACUAGAUAUAUACUAAGCAACUAUGGUAACAUGUCAAGCGCGUCUGUACUAUUCAUCAUGGAUGAGAUGAGGAGGAAAUCAAAAGAAGAAGGCCUUGCCACAACAGGUGAGGGACUUGAAUGGGGUGUGCUUUUUGGAUUUGGACCUGGACUUACUGUCGAGACUGUUUUGCUCCGUAGUGUGGCCAUUUAAAUCCGCACAUGUUACUUGGAAAACAAGUUUCUUUUCCACAUGCCCUUUUCUUUUGUAUCAAUAAGUGGAUGUAAUACUUAUGUGUUUCCCCUAAGUUGUUGGUCAUUCACAUUCCCAUGUUUCAUCUAUCUAGAAUUAAUCAUGGUUAUCGGUGUGUUAUGUAAAACUUUGAUUUUCUAUUAUCUAAUAAAACCUUCGUUUACA